UAACAAAAAAUUAUUGGCGUCUGUGCACCCUUUCUACUAAGUGGCUUCAUACCACAAUUAGUAGUCAUGGAAAUAUGCUCAACCAAUGGUCUUCCAAGAACAGUAAGAGCAACUGGAGUCAAAUACAUAAGCUUGAUGGACUUAUCUUCUACUCUAUUGCAUUAUUAAGGACUACUAAACGCAUCGUCCGCCAUUGUCAUACGUCACUAAUAUCGUUCAAGGGAGGGCGCCUUUGUUUAGGUUGCUCACGGUGCCGGGCUCCCGACCUCGACCACUCCGGUUGCUUUGGUCCGUGCUCGUUUUUGUUGCUUACCUGGUUUCUAGUCCGUGCUCCUGUUGGGGGUUAAUCUUUUGUCGCAUUAGGUUUUAAUUUUUAAUGUUUAGUUUAAAUUUCGUAAUUUACUACUAGUUUUCUUUAUAAUUUCUGUCACAAACUUGAAAAUUGGUAUAAUAUUUAACGUUUUACCAAAAACAAUGUAGCAACACACAAAUAAAAUCGCCAAAACGAUUGAAUUUAUAUAUAGAUUACAUAUAAAGUACAAUAUUAUCAAAUUGAUGUUACGAUAUUGUUGGAGUGCGGUCUAAUCGCACAUCCUAGUUCAAACAUGUUACGAAAACGACAACGGUGGAACAUAUAAAUCAUUUAAAAGACAAAGGAAAAAAAGUAUCGCAAGAUGUGAAGACCAACGAACGAAAGCUUGCCUGUUGACACAACAAAAAUCAACCCAUAUAUUAUUCUUAAAACAAUUCUAAAUUAUUUUUAUACAAGAUACAUUCUUCUAUUCUUCUAUUCUUCUAUUCAUAUAGAUGGUCGAUAUCACGUUCACGGCUAAUAAGAAAUACACGUGGUAAGUCAAUAUUGGUUCAGCUUCGGCAUAAAACUCUCAAGGUACAACGUGAGAAGCUCUAAGAAAACGUGAGAGCCACACAACUAGUAUAUUAUCAAACAACACAAAACACACACGAACACAAAUUAAGACAGAGACAAUGAUUGUUCAGACAAAUGUGUACCUACAUGAUUCUGUUCAUUCCUCUCUCUCACCAGGGACACAAACUCUCUCUCUCCAAUAUAUAUACCAACUCGCAUCACACAAUUCUGAACAAAGAACAUUUCUUGGGAACUUAAAACUAACAUUGAUAGAGAAAUGAGUAAGUUUGGUGGGUCUUUGUUGGGUGUAAGCCUAUUACUGACCGUUCUUCUAGCGGCAGCCACCACCGCCGCAGAGUACUACAAUUACGGAAGUGCCCUUGACAAGACCUUCUUGUUCUUUGAGGCUCAACGAUCAGGGAAGUUGCCUGCUACUCUACGCGUCAAAUGGCGUGGCCAUUCUGGUCUCAAGGAUGGUCUUGCUCAAGGCGUGAGCUUGGAAGGAGGAUAUUAUGAUGCAGGAGACCAUGUGAAAUUUGGUUUACCAAUGGCUUUCUCAGUGACAAUGCUAUCGUGGGCUGCGGUUGAUAACCGGAAAGAGCUAUCCGGUCUGAACCAGAUGCAACAGACAUUGUGGUCAAUCCGAUGGGUUACUGAUUACUUCAUCAAAGCUCAUCCUCAGCCUAAUGUUCUAUGGGGUCAAGUUGGAGAUGGACAAUCAGACCAUUACUGUUGGCAACGUGCUGAAGACAUGACAACUUCCAGAACAGCUUAUAAGCUUGACCAGUACCAUCCUGGCUCAGACUUAGCUGGUGAAACCGCUGCUGCUUUUGCCGCUCCUUCUUUGGCUUUCAAGCCUUAUAACUCCUCUUACUCUACUAUCCUCUUAAGCCAUGCCAAAGAGCUCUUCUCAUUUGCUGACAAAUACAGAGGAUUAUACACUGAUUCAAUCCCAAAUGCAAAAGCUUUCUACAUGUCAUCUGGUUACUCGGAUGAGCUUCUUUGGGCUGUAGCUUGGCUACACCGUGCCACCGGGGACCAGUACUACUUAAAAUACACUAUAGACAAUGCCGGUUACAUGGGUGGAACUGGCUGGGGGAUGAAAGAGUUCUCUUGGGAUAACAAAUACGCUGGUGUUCAAGUCCUUCUCUCCAAGGUCUUGUUAGAAGGUAAAGGCGGUCCGUAUACUUCAACAUUGAAGCAGUAUCAGAUGAAGGCUGAUUACUUCGCUUGUGCUUGUCUCAAGAAAAAUGGUGGCUACAACAUUCAAACAACUCCUGGUGGUUUGAUGUAUGUUAGAGAGUGGAACAAUCUGCAAUAUUCAUCUGCGGCUGCGUUUCUUCUUGCGGUUUAUUCUGACCAUCUCUCUGCAGCAAACGCUAAACUCAACUGUCCUGAUGGUUCGGUUCAACCUCAAGCACUUCUAGACUUUGCUAGAUCUCAGGCUGAUUACAUUCUUGGAAAGAACCGUCAAGGAAUGAGUUACUUAGUUGGAUAUGGACCAAAAUAUCCAAUCCGAGUUCACCAUAGAGGCGCUUCGGUCCCGUCAAUCUUUGUUCAACGUUCUUCUGUGAGCUGUGUACAAGGAUUUGAUUCUUGGUAUAGAAGGUCUCAAGCUGAUCCUAAUGUUAUCUAUGGUGCUCUUGUUGGUGGACCAGACCAGAAUGAUAACUAUUCCGAUGACCGGACAAACUACGAGCAAUCAGAACCAACUCUCUCAGGAACAGCCCCACUCGUUGGUCUAUUUGCUAAACUCUCUGUAGGGUCUUACGGAGGAGGAUAUUCCAAACCUUACCAAACAACAAAACAACAAGCUACCUCUUACAAAGCAACACCAACAACAUACACUCCAAAGCAAUCAGGUGCACCAAUCGAGUUUCUGCAUUCAAUAACUGCCAACUGGAUGGCUGGGAACACGAGGUACUACAGACACAAAGUGAUCAUCAAGAACAGUUCUCAGAAACAGAUAUCGGAUCUCAAGCUUAAGAUUGAAGACCUCUCGGGACCAAUAUGGGGUCUAAUCCCAACAGGGCAAAAGAAUACCUACCAGCUUCCUCGGUGGCAAAAGAUUUUGAGAGCCGAACAAACACAUGAUUUUGUCUAUGUACAAGGUGGUCCUCAGGCUAAAGUAUCAGUCUUAAGUUACUACUAACUUUAUUAACAUUCUGGGAAAUGUAACUUUGCAUCCUUUUGAGAGAUGUUUAUGUCUACUUAUUAAUCAAAAUAACUUGUAGGAUUAACGAAGGGAAAGACAAUGAUAUAACAGCAAAAGUACUCAAGACUGAGCUUAAUUUAACAUUAACACCAAAAAUUCAACGGUUCUGAGAAAAAGAAAAAAAAACAAAAACAAAAAAAAGACACUGAAG